AUGUCGAAAGCGGCUGCGUUUCUGGCAGAUCCGCCAACAGCUGACGACCGCCCGAGCUUUGAGACCAUCAUCAAGCACGGCCACCAGGACCUCGUGCAGGCCGUUGCCUUCAAUGGCCACGGCGACCGAUGCGCGACGGGGUCUGUCGAUGGCAAGAUCCGCGUCUUCAACCGCCACAAGGACGGCUCCUGGCGAUUAUGCGAUAGCUGGAGUGCCCAUGCAAGCGAGAUAUUAGAGAUCCAAUGGCUCCCGACAACCAUCUACCCCAACCUCCUCGCCUCGCUCGGCAUCGAAGGCCGCUUCAAGCUCUGGGCCGAGGAUCCCUCCGCCGCCCCCGGCCGCCGCUUCGCCGAGUCCACCCGUAACGGGCCCCUCAUCACCAUCCCCUCGCGCUCCCCACACCUUCACGCCAACCCACUACCAACAACCGGCUAUGGCAGCCCCGCGCCCCCAGCACCGCCUCCACCCCCCUCUACCUACGGGGACAACACCACUACCGCCGCAACCGUCAAGCCCGCCUUCGAAACCCGCAAUGCCCGCUCCCCCUACCGCUCCUUCUCCCUCAAGCACCUCGACGACAGCCGCAUCACCUACCUAGCCCUGCUCUCCGCCGACGGCGGCCUGACGGUUUACGAGAACGACCGGGUCGAGAACCUCGCCUCGUUCACCCUACUAGACGAGCUAUCGACAAUCCCGACAGCCGCCACGACGGCGGCUCGACGACCACACAGGCGCGAAAGCGCGGCCCGUAACCAUCCGUCGGCGAGGGAGACGUCCUUUCCAAGGUGCGGUUCGACCUCGCAAACCCGGAGGUGUGCUACACGGCGCUGGGCGCGGGGGUGCCGUCGGACGCGCUGGGCUUGGCCGGUGGCCGUCAUGGACCGUCGUGCGCGUCUACGCAUCAGCGACAUCAUUUGCUGCGGUUCUCAGGCGUCGUCUGCAUCUGGAGGGCUUCUACUCGUCAGCUGA